AUGUCAUAAGCAAACUGUUCUUUAAAUAUAUUUCAAAAAUAUCUAUUAAUUAACAAUGUGUUGAAAUAUAUAUCCACAUAUUUACUCCUAUAAUGCAUGCAACACUGUUUGGUGCAUCGUUGCAAAUGUUUGUUUAUGUCAGCUGUAAUCACAAACCACAAGUUCUUUGUUAUUAUUUGAGUAUUCAAUUUAAUGUAAAUACAUUUUUUUUCUAUUUUAAAUCACUAAGAUAUAAAAAAUAUCAUAUCAAAAUGUAUUGCUCAUGUAUUUCUGCAUUAAUAUUUUUUCUCUUAACACAUAUAUUACACGCAUUGGCGGAAAAUAUCUGCCAUAAGUAUUUGCGUGACUUAGCUCAAAAACAGAGCGAAUUCGUACAGUGUUCCACAAUGCAUUCGGUACCAGUGCGUCUUUGUGUUGGAUGUGAAGAGCCAUUUACUGAGAUGCAUGUGGCUUACAUGAACUUACGGCAGGAACAGAAUUGUACAGAUACAUUUUUCGAUAAAGAUCGUAUAAAUAUUGUUUCAACAACACAAUCGAUACUUCGCGGUAUAUGGAGGAAAGCAUACUGUGAUGAUUGCUUUACCAGUAAUAAUUCAUACGUAUUCGAUUUAAAGCGAAUUGCAUUUGAUGAUUGUAUAACAAACCACAAAAGUAGUGAAUGUGCGUCGUGCUUAUCUCAAUACCUCGAUUUGAACCGAUUUUAUCUUAGUUUAGAUAAAAAUAACAAUGGACAAGUUUGUUAUGACAUGCAAGAUUCAAUGAAUCGGACAAGAGAACAGUGGUCUAAAGAUUUGGGUUGCUGUCAUCGUGAAUUUAAUAUUUUUUUAUUCGCUGUUGUUAGUUGUAUCAUUGGGACAUUACCGUUAAUAUUUUAUGGCACGCUGUAUGCGUUAACAAAACGACAAGAGCGUAGUCGUAUUCUAGUUGAAGACACUUAUCGAAAUGGAAUUUCAACUUUUAUCAAUACAAGCAGUUCAGCUACUAAUUUGCCAACCACAACAGAAGCUACACGCUCUCACGAGCAUUCCUAAACGGACGACAUCCGCUGUGAAGGAUAUAAACAGGCUAUUUUUACAAUUUCGAAAUAUCAUAUUUAAACGACAAACUUAAAUUUAUAAUUGUUAUUUCUAACAUUUAGGAUAGUAAUAAAUGUAUGUAUAUAAAACUUUAGCAAAUAUAUAUAUUUUUAUAUGGUA